AUGCCUCAGGGUUCCUCUGCCGACCUACCAACUCUUUCUCUCUCUCUCUCUUUCUUUCUUUGUCUCCGUCUUGUUUUGGCUCUGGGUCAAGACUUGAGGGUGUACACCACUCGUUCCACAUUCCGACAUGUCUGUGUGUAUGUAGUCGAGGGACACGUUGUGCCGAAUCAGCCUGACGACAGAGCUCGGGGUGGACGGGAUCGGGCAGAAAAAGACGAAGCGGAGAGGCGAAUGGUGAAAUGGGGCGUCCAUUUUGCUCGAUGCAGGCAAGCUGUUGUGCUCGUGGAUGAUGGUUCGGUCGGCGUCAAGGAGACGGUAGUCAACUCGCGGGUUGUUCAAUCGAUUAACAAUUAG